UUUGUUUCGAAGAUGACGAGUUUCGACAACCCAGGCCUUUUCUAUCAGCAACGAUUUUUUGCGACGGGUGAUGAGGAUGGGCCACCGGAUGAGGGUCGAGAGCUGAUCAUUGAGCAUAAACAAACCGUGGAUUUGUUCCGGGAAUUUCUUCGUGAAUAUAACGUUGGUGGCUUCGGUCUGGUUUAUCGAGAAUUGCUGAAACGGAACUGUUCUCUUGGCAAGCAUUAUGUAGAGGUUUCGCUGGAUGAUUUGAAGGGUUUCAACGAAGAAAUUGCAAACAAAAUGCAGCAGUAUCCAACUCGUAUUUUGGCCGCUCUUGAAGAAGCUGGGAAACUUACUGCUGAUGAGGCGAUGGAAAGCGCUGCGAAGGGUAUCGAAAUUCAUGAUGUGCAAGUGACGCUGCAGAGCAAUGAAGUUGCAGCCAGUAUUCGACAGUUGAAGAGUGCGCAUGUAUCGCAUUUGGUAAAAAUAUCCGGAAUUAUCGUAGCCGCUUCACAAGUCCGAUCAAAAGCAACACGUGUUUCGAUUCAGUGCCGCACUUGUCGACAUACAGUCAAUAAUAUUGAACUGAAAUCUGGCCUAGAUGGUUUUACAUUGCCCCGAACAUGUGGAGCUGAUCAAACGGCACAGCUACAACGAUGUCCCAUUGAUCCGUACCAUAUUAUGCCGGACAAAUGCUACUGCAUUGAUUAUCAAACGCUGAAAUUGCAAGAAAAUCCGGAAGAUGUUCCACACGAACUGUUCGCGGAAAAAGCGUCCAAUUUUUUUACUAGGACACUUCUAUAUUUAACGGAUCGUGUGGCACCGGGCAAUCGUGUUAUGAUCGUUGGUGUAUAUUCCAUCAAGCGUAUUUUCAAAAAACAGAGGGCAAACGAUAAAACACUCUCUGGAAUUCGUACUCCAUACAUUCGUGUUCUCGGAAUACAAGUACAAACGUGUGGACCGGGACGUGUGGAACGAAGGGAGUUUACACCAGAGGAAGAAAAAUUUUUCAAAGAUUUAUCAAAAACUCCAAACAUCUACGAAUUAAUCACCAAAAGCAUCGCACCAUCGAUUUAUGGUUCGGAAGAUAUUAAGAAGUCGAUUGCUUGCUUGCUGUUUAGCGGUUCUCGUAAAAGACUGCCAGAUGGGCUAACUCGACGUGGCGAUAUUAACAUAUUGCUGCUGGGAGAUCCGGGAACAGCAAAGAGUCAGCUUUUGAAAUUCGUCGAAAAGGUGGCACCGAUUGCAGUUUAUACAUCCGGUAAAGGUAGCAGUGCUGCUGGUUUAACAGCUUCUGUGAAUCGUGAUCCAGCAUCGGUUCGUACAUUUUACCAGCUCAUUGCCCUCAAAAUUUUGUUCAUUCGAACGUUUAUAAUGGAAGGUGGUGCAAUGGUGCUUGCUGAUGGUGGAAUUGUAUGCAUCGAUGAAUUUGAUAAAAUGCGCGAAGAUGAUCGUGUUGCGAUUCAUGAAGCUAUGGAACAGCAAACAAUUAGCAUUGCUAAGGCGGGCAUCACAACUACGCUGAACUCACGCUGUUCGGUGCUGGCUGCAGCAAAUUCGGUGUAUGGUCGUUGGGAUGAUUCAAAAGGUGACGAGAAUAUUGAUUUUAUGCCAACGAUAUUAUCACGAUUCGAUAUGAUUUAUAUCGUCAAAGAUACUCACGAUGUACUUCGUGAUACGAACAAACUGAAAAAAAAGAAACAAAAGAUGUGCUGUAAAGAAAAUAAAUUCGAAGCAAAAUUACACAUAUUGAGAUACAUUGCUUUUUGCCGUGCCACCUGUGCGCCUCGACUUUCACAAACAGCAAGUGAAAAACUUAUUCACAGUUACGUUCGACUUCGCAAUCCAUUGGUGGAUGCUGAGCACAGAUGAUAA